AUGCCCGGUGUAAAGAAGCGAGAUGAGACAGGAGCGGACAAGCGGUACCGUGAUCCAGUAAAUCUGGCUCCUUCGGGAAGGGCGAUACAGUCCAGCACCGAAUCCUGGGCGGAUGCCGACCGAGCCAUUGACGGCAACAAAAACACGGACGCGACGCAGAAUUCCUGUGCUCAAACAAAGGAUUCCAGCUUCCCCUGGUGGGCACUGGAUUUGGAAGGAAGCUACUCCGUAUCAGUGGUAAGAAUUACCGUUAGAAAAGACUGCUGCACGGAACGGCUCCUUGGAGCUGAGAUCUAUAUAACAAGCUCUAUGAAGACUGAAGAUGGUUAUAGCCUCUGCGGUACCAUCUACUCAAUUGUCGGAUCGACAGUGACACUCAAUUGCGGUGAUGUUCGCGGUCGAUAUGUGUUUGUCACCAUCCCAGGACAUCGGAGAAUCCUGACCCUGUGCGAGGUUGAGGUCUUUGGUUUAAAACUCCCGUCACUCAGAGGUUCAGUAAACCUCGCGAUAAAGGGAGAUGCGGAUCAGUCCGGCACAGAAUACGCGGCAAGAGCCUCCCGGGCCAACGACGGCGACAAAUCCGCCGACGGUGAGCAGGGUUCCUGCACGCAGACAAACCAAAGCAGCAACCCCUGGUGGAGAGUCAAUUUAAAGGAAACCUUCGUCGUGUCGAUGAUUAGAAUCACCAACAGACUGGACUGCUGCUCGGACCGCAUCAGAGGAGCCGAGAUCCGCAUCGGGAACUCGGUGCAGAACUAUGGGAAUUCCAACAGACUCUGUGCAACCGUUCAAUCAGUAGAACAAAGUUACACCUUCCGUUGCGAUGGCUUCACUGGUCGAUAUGUGAAUAUCAUGAUCCCGGGACGUAACAGAAUCCUGACCCUGUGCGAGGUUGAGGUCUUUGGUACAAAGCUCCCGUCGGUAGAAGGUGCAGGUAGGUUCAAACCCGCACUCAAGCACCCGCUGUACAUACCCUAA